AUGGCCUGCGACAGUGUCCUUGCAAAGAUCACUCGCGCCAGCGCGCUGCAUUUCUGCACGCGCUCGUGCGCUUCGUCGGCGCUUAAGAAACUUGUCCUGAACAAGGAAUUCAAGAUUCAUCGCUGGAAACCAACUCUCCAGUCUCACACCAUUGAUCUCAACCAAAACGGGCCCAUAGUACUUGACGCACUCAUCAAAAUUAAGAAUGAAGUUGACCCCAUGCUCACCUUCCGUCGUUCGUGCAGAGAGGGUAUCUGUGGUUCUUACAGAAACCCGAUCAAGAAUUCCAAGAUUUACCCUCUUCCUCAAAUUUACAUCGUGAAGGACCUGGGCGAAUUCUUGCAAACGCAGGAGGCCCGCAAGAGCCUCGAUGGUCUGUAUGGGUGUGUUAUAUGCGCAUGCUGCUCGACAAGUUUCCCGUCGUACUGGUGGAACCAGGAUGGAUACUUGGGUCCUGUAAAGCUGAUACAGGCAUACCGCUGGACCGGUGACUCUCGUGAUUCAUGUGGCUCCCAGAGAACGGAACAACUCCAGAACGAGAUGAGCAUAUGUACCGCAUGUUGCCUCACUCACUUUAUGCGCGCAUGUACCUGCCCCAAGGGUCUUAACCCUGCAGAAACCAUUGCGAAGAUCAAGCUUGAGCUUCCAGCUGACUGA